AUGGCUAAACGACGAGUCAAGAAGCGCACGCACGCUGGAGCACGCGCCGGUGCUCCCAAUGGAGCAGCGAACACGAAGAACAUGGACCGAUCACCCAAGAGCAUGGUCAUUCGCAUUGGUGCUGGAGAGGUGGGACCCAGCGUCAGCCAGUUGGUGAAAGACGUGCGACAAGUUAUGGAGCCUGGUACAGCUGCGCGGCUGAAGGAGCGAAGAUCCAACAAGCUGCGCGACUACACCACUAUGGCCGGACCUCUAGGCGUAACCCACCUCCUCCUCUUCUCGCGCUCCACCUCCGGCAACACGAACCUACGGCUAGCGAUCACGCCUCGCGGGCCGACUCUGCAUUUCCGCGUCGAGAAAUACUCGCUCUGCAAAGACAUUGCGAAAUCACAAAAGCACCCCAAGACCGGCGGCUACGAAUACCAAACCGCGCCCCUCCUCGUCAUGAACAACUUCAACACUCCCGCCCCCACUUCCACAGACUCCGCUUUCACCGGUCCAGCACCCGCGGUCCCCAAACACCUCGAGAACCUCUGCACCACAGUCUUCCAAUCCCUCUUCCCGCCCAUAUCCCCACAAACCAUGCCCCUAACCUCCAUCCGCCGCGUCCUACUCCUGAACCGCGAACCUUCAUCCGACGCAAGCGGCGCUUACGUCCUCAACCUCCGGCACUACGCCAUCACGACCAGAACCUCGACCAAGGACCUCCCGCGCGCGAUCCGCCGCCUGAACGCCGCGUCCAGGAUAGGUCAUGCAACAACCUCCACCUCUGAUGCCAGAAAGCGAAAAGGCGGCCUGCCGAACCUGGGAAAACUGGACGAUGUGGCUGACUACCUGCUCGACCCCUCCGCAGGCGGCUAUACCAGCGCGAGCGAGAGCGAGGUCGAGACGGAUGCUGAAGUCGAGGUGCUGGCGUCGAGCGCGCGGAAGGUGCUGGGUAAGCGAGACCGGGUGCGCGCAGCCUCGCGUACGGAGAACGGUGAAGGCGGUGGCGGCGGAGGACGCCCCGGUCGGAGUCACGUGGAGAAGAGGGCGGUGAAGUUGGUGGAGCUGGGGCCGAGGAUGAGGCUCAGGCUGACGAAGGUGGAGGAGGGGGUUUGUGGAGGGAAGGUCAUGUGGCAUGAGUAUAUCCAGAAGGGGAGGGAGGAGGUCAAGGAGAUGGAUAGGGUGUGGGAUGCCAGGAGAAAAGAGAAGGAGGAGAGGAGAAGAGUGCAAAAGGAGAAUGUGGAGAAGAAGAGGAAGGAGAGGAAGCAGGAUGGUGGGGUGGAUGGAGAAGAUGAGGAGGAUGAGGACUAUGACAUGGACGACGAUGAGUGGGAUAGUGAGGGCUUGGAGGAUGCGGAAGACGCGGGUGGGGACCAGGAUGGGGACGAGGAUAUGGACGACGAGGACGACGAGGGUUGA